AUGUCUGUGAUCAUCAAUAUACCCGGCUACGGCGCAUCGAGCUCGGGUGCUGAAGUGUUGACAUCUGACGAUUCCCAGCGGGAAGGGGCUCCGUCCCCCGAGUCCGUGAUCGAGCGCGACCCGCCGAUAUCCCAAAGAGAGGACCGAUCUCGAAAAAGGAAGCGCUCGAAUGACGACAGCGAUGAUGAUGACGGCGCGAGAACCCCGCCUUACGAACCAACUGAACCUAGAUCAUCUCGCGAAUCUGAACUGCCGGACGAUGACCAGGUCUAUGCAGCGUCAGAGUCAGAAUCUGAGCACUCAAAAGAACCGUCCGCAUCAUUGGACACUGACGACAGGGAUCCAAAUAAGCUGUAUGAAUAUCACAGGGAUCUUGAGGGUCGGGAAGAAGAGGCUCAGUCUCACGAAGAGGCCCCGAGACUUGCAAAUGGAGAAAUUCUGCCGAAUGUGCGCAACACAUAUACCGCCAGUCAAUUUGGCUUCAUGUGGGAUGUCGAAAGUCCCCCCGUCGGCUCUUCCGUCGCCCAGGUCUUUGAAUCCAUGACCUUUAGACUAGGCGAUGAAGUCCUGCUAUCCGAUCGCGGCUACCACCCGGCCCACCCAGAGAACAUUGAAGAUGUCAUUCCCGGAUGGAGUGGACCGUUCGUGAUCACGGACUUUCUUCCACAGUACGGCGCGUACAUGGGGCUCAAGCCAACAGAGGUCUUAGCGACUUUGAGAGCGUUGGAGAUGUGA